AUGAGACAAGGUAUAGAUCAAAAAUUAUUAGUAGGUACUUCAAUAAUAUGUAUAUUUUAUGCUCAAUAUUGUAAUGGAUUAAAAAUUAAUUCACUAUCGAUUGAUUUUGAUCCAUUACCAUUUACAGCUGGUUAUAUUGUUAAUGUAACUGAUAAUUAUCUGGAUGUUGAAAUACAACCACCUCAUCGAACUGAUAUUAAUCGACAGGUACAAGGACUUAUUCGUUAUGAUCGAAAAGAAAUGAGACCAGCUUUUGGUUCAAAAACAUAUCAUUUUUAUCAAGUACAACCAACAAAUAUUAAUACUAGUCUCGUAUCUACUAGUAUCCUUCGUAUACCUUUAACAUCACGAACAGAAUUAACUAUCGGAGAUGCUAUUGUUACUAUCUAUUAUAUUUUUAUUCCUAGUAUUCUCGUUACAGAUUCGACAGAUCUUAUUAUACAAUCAAUUAAUAUUCAUUCAUAUUGGAGAAUAGCUUUAGUUACUAAUAGAGUCAAACGUGUAAUUAUUUCUGAUUAUUAUGUUAUACUAUAUGAUGGACGUUGGCUGAGUGCUAAUUCUGAUUGUAUACAUUUUAUUCGUACUAGUGAAUAUAUUUCUUUAUCGAAUAGUAAAUGUCAAAGACAAAGUGAUGAUGGAUUAAAUGUUCUAACACCUUACAUAAUAGUAGCUAAAGCAAUAAAUACAACUACUGUAAUAAAUCAAGCAUUUAAUUGA